AUGGCGUCGAGCUUGGCACACUUGGCGGAGAACCUCACCACCGCAAAUUUCGACAAGUUUCGCGAAGUCGCGAAAGUGUUCGCCCCUUCGGAGAUGGAGUUGGUCACGCGGAAAGGCGUAUACCCGUAUGAAUAUACAGAUUCGUGGGAUAAAUUGGACGCUACGUCGCUGCCGGAUAAGUUCCAAUUCUACAGCGCGUUGACGGAGACGCACGUGAGCGACGAGGAUUAUAGUCACGCGACCAGAGUCUGGAAUCAUUUCGCCUGCACCUCACUCGGCGCUUAUAGCGAUUUAUACCUUAAAGUCGACGUGGUGUUAAGCGCCGACGUGUUCGAGAAUUUCAGGGAUAUAUUUUACAAAAGUUUCAACCUUGAACUUUUAACUGAUUUCGAGAAAGUUCUGUUUACUGAGGCAGGGACGCGCGGGGGUCUGGUGCAGGCUAGUAGGCGUCACGCUCGUGCCAACAAUCCCGCGACGCCGGGAUACAAUGCCGACGAACCUAGCACGUCUCUCAUAUACUUGGAUGCAAACAAUUUGUACGGGUACGCGAUGUGCAAGUAUAUGCCUAUUAGCGAUUUCACAUGGUACCCAGGGAAUCCGGAAGUCGCGCUGGCCCAGCUGGAGUGGAUGGGCGAGACGGACGACGUGGGUAGAAUUUAUGAAGUAGACAUCUCGUAUCCUCAACACCUGCACGACGCCCACAACGAUAUGCCGUUCUUGCCCCACGCCAGCAUACCACACGGGUCCUCAGUGCGAAAGUUGAUGGUCACUUUUUUGAGGAAAGAACGUUAUGUAGUUCAUUAUAUGAAUUUGAAACAGGCCAUGGCCCACGGUGUGGUAGUCGAAAAAACACAUAGAGUAUUGGAGUUCCGCCAAUCCCCGUGGUUAGCGCCAUACAUCAAUUUUAACACCGAAUUACGCAGACAGGCGGCGAACAAAUUUGAAGAACAAUUUUUUAAAGAUUUGAAUAAUUCAGUGUUCGGGAAAUCGAUUGAAAAUAUGCGGGCCAGAUUCAACUUGGAACUCGUAUCUUGCCCCGCCAGGAUGCGAAAGCUGAUAAACCGUCCCACAUUCAAGUACUGCACGACGUACAACGAAAAUCUAUCGGCGGUCACGCAGCACAGUAAAGAAGUGGAUUUCUGUAAGCCGAUAUAUAUAGGAUUUACCGUACUGGAACUCAGCAAAGUUCUAAUGUACGGAUUUCACUAUGACGUUAUGAAGAGACAUUACGGAGAUAAGAUCGAAUUACUUUACACAGAUACCGAUUCACUAUUCUACCGCGUGGUGACAGACGAUUUUUACGCCGACUUGAUAGACAACCCAAAUCUGAUGCGGUUCAUGGAUACUUCCAAUUUGCCGAAAGACCACAAAUGUUAUUCAACUUUGAGGAAACGGGUGCCGGGUCUUUUUAAAAACGAAACCAAUUCCCGUACAGUCUACGAGUAUGUCGCGUUACGAGCGAAAUCGUAUGCAUACGACGUGGAACAGGAGGUCACAAUUCGCUCGAAGGGUGUCAUGAGGCACGUUAUUAGAAAUCACCUCACAUUCGCCGAGCAUAAGAGGUGUUUGUUUGCCGACGUGGACGACGAUGCGGAAUCCGACGAGUGCGACGACGAAUUCGACGCAAAUAUGGGGAAAAUGUUCGCUGCCGAUUCCGCACUUAAAGCUGUCGCUCAAAUUCAUCGGAACGCCUCAACCGGCUCAACCAACUCGUCGACGACGGUUGCGGCGGCGGCGGCCACGCAUCCAUCCCACGUCUACAGCUACAUGCCAUUCACGCCGUAUAGGGAAAAUGUGUCUAUACGCUCGUUUAAGCACGAGUUACGCACAAUUAGAUCUAUGAAACUCGUCUUGAACAGGGCAGACGACAAGCGUUACGUGUUACCGGACAACAUUUCGACGUACGCGCACGGUCAUCACCGCAUAAAUUAUUAA